UGUUGCCCCGGAAGCAGUGAGAAAUCUCCGCAUUGUACGUAGAAGGCAACGUUUUGGUAAACAUAGCUCAUGUUGAUUUGAAAUUGUUGGAGUUGUUUUGGCUCCACGAUGGCAGAGACUGAGGUAGACACGCCGAGUACGCCGAUCGAGUUUGACAGCAAAUAUUUUGAAUUUGAUGGGAUUCGUCUGCCACCCUUCUGCAGAGGAAAGAUGGAGGAAAUCUCCAACUUCUCCAUCAGAGGGAGUGACAUAUGGAUUAUAACCUACCCAAAGUCAGGCACGAGUCUACUUCAAGAGGUUGUGUAUCUUGUGAGUCAAGGAGCAGACCCAGAUGAGAUUGGUCUUAUGAACAUUGAUGAGCAGUUACCUGUUCUAGAAUACCCUCAACCAGGCUUGGACAUCAUAAAGGAGCUCAUGUCCCCUCGUCUGAUCAAAAGUCAUCUUCCCUACCGAUUCCUUCCCACAGGAAUACACAGUGGAGAAGCUAAGGUAAUAUACAUGGCUCGUAACCCCAAAGACCUGGUGGUCUCCUACUACCAGUUCCACCGAUCUCUUAGGACCAUGAGCUACAGAGGAACCUUCCAAGAGUUCUGCCAUCGUUUCAUGAAUGACAAGUUGGGAUAUGGUUCCUGGUUUGAUCAUGUUUUAGAAUUUUGGGAACAUCGUAUGGACUCUAAUGUCCUCUUCUUGAAAUAUGAAGACAUGUACAAGGAUCUCGGGGUAUUGGUGGAGCAGUUAGCGUGGUUCCUGGGUGUGUCUUGUGACAAGGCUCAACACGAGGCUAUGGUGGAGAGCUGCAACCAACUCGUUGAACAGUGUUGCAGCUCGGAGGCGCAGUCGGUGUGUAGGGGUCACGUGGGCCUGUGGAAGGACGUCUUCACUGUGUCGAUGAAUGAAAAGUUUGAUGCAGUGUACGGACAGAAGAUGGGAAAUUCCAACCUGAACUUUCAUUUCUGCCUGGGAGAAAGGCCUGCCUUUCACCCCGUCACUGACUAACUUGCCCGUAAAACCAUCAGCUGCUCACGUGAACACCCAGUGCAUGAGCCCUGUGUGCUUAAGCGUGUGUUAUGACGUUUCAUACACUGAAAUUAACAUACAUGUUAUUCCUGAUCAUCAGUCUACUGUCACGCCCGAGUCUGUUUGAAGCAAACCUGUGGAAUCUUGCAUAUUGAGUUAAUGUACAAUUAUGUAUAUUAAGCUACACACUGGUGUGGAAUUAUUUAUUUGUAUGUAUAUGUACACACACAUACAUAUACUCUGUAUAUAUAUAUACUGUAUAUACAGUUUAUGGUAUAUACAUACAUACACACACAUACAGUGUAUACACGAGCAGGCAAGAGUUCGGACACACUUUCUCAUCCUGAUUUUGCUUUGAUAUUAUGCUUUGUAUAUGAAAAGUCAGAUGGUGUAACGUCAAAGCAUAUCUACAGUAUAUCAGACAUCGUAUAUCACACAUUUGUUUUCCACUUUCGGCAAAAUCGUAAUACCUACUGUUGUGAAGUGUGGAUCUGUUAUCUAAAUAUAACACAGAACCUUCUGCUGCGGUGCGUUUGUGUGCCAAUUGUACCCUACUUGCCACUUGUUCAUUGAAUAAAUGUGCAGAUCCUGAUCACUGGUGUUGUGCGGUA